AUGGUAGUCCACACGUCCAAAGGGACCGUCAGAGUAGGCGGUCUCGGCAAAAGAGCCCCUCGGGCAUACUGCUCAUUACCCGCAAGCAAGCGACGUCAUGUCGGGGAUCGUAUACUAAACCCAGCCUUCUUUGAGGGCAAGCAACACGGUCAUCGGAGCCCAAUAUGCGACGCCAUCAUUGAUUUCGGAGAUAUAAACGGCAUCGUCUCGGAGGGGACCAAAUAUGCUGCUGCCAACGGCGCAGUUGGUCAUGGUACUUUCAACAUCUUCGGUCUCUCUGAAAACUCUGCCUCCAAUUUACCAGCGACAGUCGAUGACUGCAAGGCUGGCGAUAAAGAUGACACAACAGGUGUCGAGCAGGAUUUCGAGGCAGACGUCCUGGCAGAUUUCCUGGCGGCAUAUCCCUCGCCCUCACAGACUAUUUUGACAGACCACCAACCACCGUCACUCCCCGAGUAUAUCACACCUUUGAAGAAGACUCUGUCUGCCGAAGACCUCAACCACCUCAGGAGAAGGGGUGCUCUCGACAUUCCUGACUCGAUAACGCGUGACCUUCUUUUGACAACUUAUGCGAAAUGGAUACAUCCUUUCGCACCGAUGCUGGAUCUCCAAGCCAUCCUGUCGGCAGUCUCCACCAACGGUAGCACAGGCACAACCAGCCUGCUUCUUUUCCAAGCAAUCAUGUUUGCCGCGAUGGCAUACCUCAAGACGAACAGCCAGCAUGGAAGCCACAAGCAAACGAGAGGCAUAUUCUAUGAACGUGCCCGACUUCUUCACGACUUUGACGUCGAAGUGGAUCGGCUCAUCAUCUGUCAAGCGGCUAUCCUAUUGAGCUUCUGGGACGGGGACUGUGAAGGUGUCCGGGACAGCUAUUAUUGGAUCGGAAUCGCCACAUUGCACGCAAGCAGUAUCGGGCUCAACUUCGAUCCCAUGAACAGUCUCUCAGAUCCAAACCAUCGGCGUUCAUUCAAGACGACAUGGUGGACACUUGUGAUGAGAGAUAGAUUGCUUGCUGUCGCCUUGCGGAGACCGGUACAGAAUAGCGUGUUUCGUUUCGAUGUUCCCAUGUUACAUCUUGACGACUUCCGACUAGAGUCGCUCUUGGUUGCUUUCCAGAAAAACCUGCAGAUUCACGACAUUAGCUUACCCGAGCUAGAAACACUCGCCAGUUCCUGCGUGGCUCUGGCUCAGCUUUCCGAGUACAUCGAUAAAGUCUUGACUGUGCAGUAUACUGUACAAAGAGCCCCCUCUGCUGCAGGACGGAGCGCAGUCGCUGUAUCUCUGGUUCCGAGGGUCACCAGUCCAAGAUGGCUGGAUAUCAUGACGUGCGGACAAGAGCUGCAAAAUUGGUAUGGAUAUUUACCCACUGAAGUACAACAAGUUGAGUGCCAUCACGACAUCGGAGAUCGAAAGGAGAACGAGCUCGUGAGUGUCCACAGGGCUCUCUUAGCCGGUUAUUACGCCAUGACUUUGAUGACUCUAUACCGGCCUUUGCUCAACCUGUCAUGCUCAAAUGCAAACGAGACCAAGCUGCGAAGUCUGUCGAUGAAGAUGGUUUCACAGGCCUCAAAAAGCAUUACAAGCAUAUUCACCAAACUCUAUGCUGACCAUCUCAUCCCCUGGUUGCCAGACACUGCGAUUGCCAUUUUGGAACCAGCCGUCGCCACACACCUGCUCUACAGUAUGUCUGAGCUUGAACAAGUGCGACAGAUCAGCUUUCAAAGGUUUUACCUCUGUUGGCGCAUUCUCCAGCAGCUGGGAGAAGUUUACUUUCUGGCAGAGACCACCAUGACGAUGCUCAAUGCCGCCGCGCACAGGCUCAAGUCGCUGCCAGACAUGAGGGGCAUGAAGUCUGUCGCCUGUUCACAGCUUAUUGAUGCAAUCAGUCCCUCUGGUGGUGGCGACGACACCGCAACUCAUCUAGCUGUUCCCUUUAUCGGCGUUGUUGGAGACCAGAAGAAGGAUCGGUCCGAUGUGGCAGUGGACUGGAGUGACCCGCCAGACACCGGGGAGCAGCGCAAGGAUAACGAGCAGGUAUCAGACACAUGUGACCAUGAUUUCGACCUGGAAGCGAACUGUGCCUUGGAUUCGAUCAACUUUGACCAACUUGUCUAUUGGGAUGCGGUCGAAGAGAUCCCGACUAACAGCUCACUAUGA